UAUAAUACUCCCGGCAGGCAGUGCGCGCUCGUAGCCCAGCAGAGACAGACGUCGACCCAGCAGACACCCGGUGCCUGCGACAAGUAUUCCACCUCGAGCGGACCUCACAGGCAACAGGACCCGGCAUGUCUCGCUCCUGCGCGGCCGUGGCGCUGCUGGCGCUGCUGGCGGCCACGGCUCUAAGCUCGGCCGAGGAGCAGGCGCGGCGGCCCAAGGUGUCGGACGCCCAGCUGGACGCGGCGCUCAGCGACAGGCGCUACCUCACGAGGCAGCUCAAGUGCGCCCUGGGCGAGGCCCCCUGCGACCCGGUGGGGCGGCGCCUCAAGACGUUGGCACCCCUGGUGCUGAGGGGCGCGUGCCCGCAGUGCAGCCCGGAUGAGACGCGGCAGAUCCAGCGCACCCUGUCGCACAUCCAGCGCCACUACCCCAAGGAGUGGAGCAAGAUAGUGCAGCAGUACGCCGGAGCCUAGUUCACGCGAGGAUCCCUGGUUCACACGCCUGCGCCGAGCGCCUUGUGCGGGCAGCGGGAACACAGCUCGACUGUAACAACACACGAGAUGGGGAAUCGCAUGGGUGUUUUUUUCUUCUUUUUUGUUUUUCCGCAGUUUGAUCUCGUCGUUUAACUCACAAUCUGACGUAACUUAUUACUCUCCAAAACGAGUUUAACUUGUCGAAGGCCGGAAUUGAACGCGUCAGCAGCUCAAAAUCUCCAGUUAUAUAAAACUUUCAGUAUGGUAAAUGUUUAACAACAAUAGAGUCUUGUUCGUGAGUUCGCUAGUAUUUGGUUUAUGUUACAAUUACUUCAUCCGAAACCAUCCUCACUAAUAUGUUUUUUUCUUCUCGCUGUUAUCUAUGACCUAUGGUGUCAACGAUUUUGAGUCAUUAAAAAAACAUGACGAAUAUAUUACAAAUUUAUAACAGCAGUGAAAUAAGUACAGUGGAAUCUAUAAUGCAUGCUAUUAUUUAAAUAUUUUAUAAAAUUUACUAUAUUAAUAUUAUUUAUUUCAAUUUAUUACAUUUUUUAAGGUUUAUAAAUUUAAGUUGACUCGUCUUUUCUAACAGAUGUACUACUGAAGAAUGCUUAAUACGAAGUGCCUUAAAAAUAUAGCAUGAUUCAACUGUUGCCGUUUCAAAGGUGGCUAUCGAAGAGUUAUACCCAAUAAUAGUCAACUUGAUACUCUAAAAAAAGUACUGUUACUCAACUUUGUAGUUAUUCAUCAUCACUGUGUUUUAUGACGAAAAUAUGUAAGUCAGGAAUGUUCAUUGGUGCUGGCAGUGUUACUGAAAGUUUGUAAGCUGACUACUGUGAAGAACAAACCAUAAUGAUUUUUUCUAGGUUGUCAGUUCUGUUGUUUUAAUUAAAAUGUGUAAACAUAGCAAAUGAAACAAAUGAUAACUGAUACCAUAACCGUUUGUACAAAUGCAGAUUUUUUAAACAUAGUUUUAAGUUAUUUGUAAAACUUUUGUGUUUUGAUAUUAUUAUUUCCUUAAAUCCUAAGUGUAUGAUUUAGAAUAUAGUAAUAAAAGACUUUGUUAAUAAUAUUCACAAGUAUUUAUUUUUGAUGUUUUUUUUAAUUUUAUCAUAAUUAUUAUUAAGAGUUUUAUAAAUGAUGCUUAGAACUGUAAACAAACUGGGAAAUAAAGUAAUUUAUGCAAUAACGCAAAAAAAUUGGUUGUCUGUAAAGUCGGUUUACGGACGAUAGUUUAACGUGACAACGUCAUAACAAAACAUUGAUGAAAUUAUUGCAUACUUUUAUGAAUAAAAUUGAAUCAUUUUUAUUGAAUUAUCACUAUUUUGUAUGGAUACAAAGAAAGAGUGAAAUGAAAUCUACAAUUUCAUUGAUAAAUUUACUUUUAUGUGCACUCAUUAAUUCAAAUAUGUUUAUUACUUUAACGAAGAGAUUAUUUUAACUAUAACUUUUAUACAUGUUUGCUAUUUAACUUCUUCUAAUCUGUGUUAUUCUGUUAAGGAUAGGACGAUGAUAAGAAAAGUAGGAAACGAAUGGGAGUGUUUCAAGUUUAAUGUGCCUCGAAAAAGUCAAAUCGAUGGUUAUUCCAAUUGAGUGGAAGAGAGAUAGAUGCAGCGCAAGCGUACUAUGAGCGUAACGGGACACAGCGUAACGGGAAAAUGUGCGUAACGGGACACUUUUUCGUGCGUGCAGCCGGCGUUCAUUGAUUUAUUAGACGUUGUCACGUCAAAAAAUUAACAUUAACUUCAAUAGAUAAAUCGUAAUUAAAUUUGUUAUCUCAAGUUUUUUAAAAUAAUUAUGUUAA